AACCUUCAAAGUUUCUAAUAUUCCUGCUCCAUACCUCGCACCCGUAUCAGGCAUAGUAUAGUGGUAAUACAGGACAGUGGAAAGCAGGUGGAAAGCAUGUCGUAUGCCGACGAAUCCCGAAUAGGAACUCUAUACAUGGCACUCAGAGAAGCUCCAUCAUGUCCUCCGAGUCUCAUAAUAUUGGCUGGAUCAACAGCUGAUCAAGCCCGGGCCAGAGGUGAAUAUUCGGCUAAGUAGUGCGCUGCGACAUAUAAAAAUGAGCUUCAAGGCUCAAGCUCGGGAGAACGACAGUUUGAUAUGUUCCCACUCUUCCUACCCAUCUUUCUGCUGGUCUCCAUCGUUCGUGCCGAUGUCGUUGAGGUCCCAGCCUCUUCUUUCAAUAGCUAUGGCGAGCUGGAGACUUACUGGGAUUACCUAUACCCCUGGGGCUCUGAUCACAAUGGAGCGGCACGCAUGGUUGGCAACUCGACUGACCAUUCCCGCAUCAGCGUUGCAUCUGGAACACUGACCUUAAAAGCUACUCCAGUGACUGGUCAACCUCCCAGCACCGCUGCUCCUUAUCCCGCUAUCAACUAUUUCUCCGGCGCCAUUCACGCCAAGGAGCAAAUUAAUAUUAAUGGAACCGACGCUGUAGGAUACCAGGUCGAGGGUGAAUUUAGUUCUCCUACUGCAGUUGGCGUAAGGUGCUGGCCCGCUUUUUGGCUCACUGCCGUCAAUGGCUGGCCGCCUGAAGCAGAUAUAGGCGAAUGGAAAGGUACCAACAACAGCUGGUUCAACACAUUCAACACCUCAACCGUAGUGGACACGACUAUCGUCAGUUGGCCUGGAGACUACUCCUUCCACUCUCUGAAGGCCGUCCUCCGAGUGAUCCCGAAUAAUACGCAAGACCUUUCCAUCGAAUAUUAUAAGGACAACGUACUGGAGGCAACUCAUAUUGCUGCUAACUUCUAUGGAGCACCGAUGUGGCUCAUCGUGAAUCUCCAGAUCGCACAACUCUCCUCGCCAGUAGGCUACGCUGGCUUUUCACAGCGUGACCAUGAUCUCAAGAUAUUCCUUAACGUGGAGGCCAUCAUAUUCAAUCAUUCAAUCUAA